UUUAAGAUGAUGCCUUCCUGGGUGAUCUCCCCAGUACUACUUCCUUACACACCAGCCUUGCUCUGUUUCUGCUGCUGUGGAGUUGAGCUCAGGGCAACUCUCCUCCGGCGAGCUAGUUGCAGCAAUGGCUACCCUUAAUGCAGAAUCGGAUCUGCCGUACAGAAACCUCUACCGACGGCACCGGAGAAGCGACUCCGGCGAGCUCGAUGUCUUCGACGCCACGAGCUACUUUUCCGGCGAGGAAAUGCACUGCCAUGCUGAUCCGCUCAAUACUGGCAGACUCUCACAGAAGAUUGCGGGCGAGGAGCGCUGUCCUUUCGGUGGCGGCGGCGGCGGCUGCAAGAGGUUGGACGACACCGUCAGCACCAUGCCUCCUUCUCCGUGUCAAACAGAGGAAGGUGAUAAGAAGGGCAGCAGAAGGAGCAAGCCCAGCAAUCCCGGUUCUCCAGGAGGCAAGCUGGCCACCUUCUUGAAUUCCCUCUUCACGCCAAUGGCCGGCGGUAAGAAGAAGCCGAAGCCGAACCAGAGCGGUACUGCGUCCGCGAAAGAUGGGGAAGAGAAUUAUGGGAGGCUGAAGAGGAGAAGCAGCAUGAGCUACCUGCAGAGCGGAAGCGACGGCGCUGCUAGGUCCGUCGUUUCUGCUUAUGGUUUUCACUCUCCGCACUCUCCCUCUUUGAAUCCAAUGAUCUGGAAGGAGGUCGAUUGCUUGUCGAACUCGAAGGCGAAAUCUGUCAGUCAGUUCCCUCCAUCCUCGCCCUUGUAUGAAAGGAGGUGCAUAAAUAUUGCCUGGUUAGAUCAGGAAUUCUUAUUCAGUGAUGCUGUUUACGAGAACUUCGAUUACUCGGUCAAGAACAAAGAUGGGUACUUGCAGAAGGAGAAGGGUGGCGGUAAAGAUGGUGAUCUCAUUGAUGGAUUCAUGAAGAAAGGUGGAAAUAUUGAGAAAGCACGGAGGAAUAAUGUUGCCUGUGAAGAGGAGAGGACUGACCAGAGGAAGAAGGAAAUGAAAUGGCUCGACGAGUGCUCAGAAGAGGAGGCGGUAAGGAAGGUUAAAGAAGAGAUGGAGGACGGAUUUGAGAGUGAUUCGAGCUCUGAUCUGUUUGAACUCCAGAAACUAUGAUCCUGUUGGUGCUUAUACAAGUUGCCUGCGCUGUUUAUGAGAAGUAUUACCCUCGAGUUUCUGCACAAGGGAGUAAAAGAAACUUGUUUCCCUUCUUUCUCCCACUCCGCUGUUCCGAUUUAGUUGAUCUUGAAAAGAGCAGGAGGAUGAUGACUGUAGAAAAAUGACCACCUUCUUUGAUUUUUCUUUUUGAUUUCCUAUCUUCCAGUUCAUAUAUGUAUAUAUCCAGAAGAUGUAGGAGGAUGAUGACUCUUAAAA